AUGGGUGAAGUGAAGGGAAAGAAGAAAAGAUUGUCUAGAAAUCUUUCCCUUUUUGCCCUCACUGAUCAUAGCAGUAAUAAAUCUCCUAAGAAGUUUGAGGAUCUAAAUAGUGCUAUUGUUGGUCUUGAAAUUGUAGCAGCCAUGAAUAAGAACAAUGAAUAUUUUUCUUUCAUGAAGACUAUUUACAGCAUAAUUUUAAGAAGACAAUCUAGAAAUAGACGGGUCACUCGAUAUAGCACUGGUGCUAGAAUUCCUAAAAUCAUGUCUCAUCUACAUUUUAUCAUUCACGAUAGUGAUAUUGUAUGUAUUGAUAAGCUUAGGAUGGAUAGAAAGGCCUUUCACAUUUUAGCUUCUUUAGCCACGAAUAUGGGAGGAUUGACAGACACUAACAAUAUGUCAAGCACUGAAAAGAUAGCAAUGUUCUUAAAUAUUUUGGCUCAUCACGAGAAGAACAGUCCUAAUCCAGUGGCCGAAGAUGAGACUGAUGAUCGAUGGAAAUGGUUUAAGGGUUGUCUAGGUGCGUUGGAUGGUACUUACAUUCCCAUUAGAGUUCGAACUAUAGAUAAGCCAAGAUACAGGACACGGAAAGGAGAUAUAACAACUAAUGUCUUGGGGAUUUGUGAUAGAAAUCUUAACUUUACUUAUGUCUUACCUGGUUGUGAGGGAUCAGCCGCUGAUGGUCGUGUAUUGCGAGAUGCUGUUGUACGAAGGAAUGGUUUGAAAGUACCCGAGGGCAAUUAUUAUUUAUGUGACGGAGGAUAUACAAAUGGAAAUGGUUUUCUGUCCCCGUAUCGAGGAUAUAGAUACUGGCUAAGGGAUUGGCAAGGUGACAAUCCACCACGUCAAUACCGAGAAGAGCUCUUUAAUAUGAAGCAUGCUAGGGCGCGCAAUGUUAUUGAAAGAGCAUUUGGUGUAUUGAAAAGAUGUUGGGGAAUUCUUAGAAGUCCUUUGUGGUACUCGGUUAAGAUUCAUACUAGAAUCAUUAGUGAAUGCUGUUUGUUACACAAUUUCAUUCGAAGAGAGAUGGAAGUUGAUCCGUUAGACAUGGAAACAGAAUUCAACAUGGAGCAUCAACAUGAACAUGAACAUGGAAAUAUUGACACCGUUGAACCAUCUAAUGAGUGGACCACUUGGAGGGAUGAGCUAGCUCAGUCUAUGUGGAAUGAAAGAUCUAGCAAUUAA